UUGUCUCCAAAUAAGUAGCGCGCCCAAUGCCCCCUCAGUCUUUAGUAUUAUGAAUCCUGGUUUUCUGCAUUUGGUUUCAGAAAAUGGACUUUCAGCCCGGGUUCCUGUUGCAGUGACUGCUGACAGCCCUGUUGCAAGAGUGGUCCUGGCCAUCUGAGGGGAAGCUCAUCUACGCUAGGGGCUCCAUAGCAGCCUAAUUUAUUUUGGGUAGAGGCCACCCGGCCGGGCUCAUAGACUGAGGAGCGCCAAGCUGGGCGAGACGACAACAGCGUGAGGAGCAUGGAGCGCCUGGCCUCGUUCGGCAAUGACCCAUUUGAUAAGCCCCCUUGCCGAGGCUGCUCUUCAUACCUCACAGAACCAUACAUCAAAUGUGCCGAAUGCGGCCCUCCUCCUUUUCUCCUGUGUUUGCAGUGUUUCACACGAGGAUUUGAGUACAAGAAGCAUCAGAGUGACCAUACCUAUGAAAUCAUGACUUCAGAUUUUCCUGUGUUGGAUCCUAAUUGGACGGCACAAGAGGAGAUGGCCCUUCUAGAGGCUGUGAUGGACUGUGGAUUUGGAAACUGGCAAGAUGUGGCCAAUCAGAUGUGUACGAAAUCCAAGGAGGAGUGUGAGAAACAUUACAUGAAACACUUCAUCAACAACCCCUUGUUUGCAUCCACCUUGCUGAACCUGAAGCAGGCCGAGGAGGUCCAGAACGCAGAUGCAGCCAUUCCAUUCCACCCUGCUGAUGACCCUCCGCGACCAACCUUCGAUUCCCUGCUCUCCAGGGACAUGGCUGGAUACAUGCCCGCAAGAGCAGACUUUGUUGAGGAAUUUGACAACUAUGCUGAAUGGGAUUUGAGAGACAUAGAUUUUGUGGAGGACGAUUCGGACAUUUUGCAUGCUCUGAAGAUCGCAGUUGUAGAUAUCUAUCACUCCCGGUUGAAGGAAAGGCAAAGGAGAAAAAAAAUUAUAAGAGACCAUGGCCUCAUCAACCUCAGAAAGUUUCAGAUUUUGGAGAGACGAUACCCGAAGGAGGUCCAGGACCUUUAUGAGACCAUGAGGCGGUUCGCAAGAAUUCUAGGGCCAACUGAACACGACAAGUUCAUUGAAAGCCAUGCAUUGGAAUUCGAACUGCGAAGGGAAAUAAAGCGGCUCCAGGAAUACAGAGCAGCAGGAAUCACCAAUUUCUGUAGUGCUAGGACUUAUGAUCAUCUCAAGAAAACCCGAGAAGAGGAGCGGCUGAAGCGCACGAUGCUUUCUGAAGUCCUCCAGUACAUCCAGGACAGCAGCGCCUGCCAACAGUGGCUCAGUCGACAAGCCGAUAUUGAUGCUGGCCUGAGCCCCACAGUCACGGUUGCUUCCAAUUCAGGCAGACGGAGCGCCCCGCCGCUGAACCUUACCGGUCUGCCAGGGACAGAGAAGCUUAACGAGAAGGAGAAAGAGCUCUGUCAGAUGGUGAGAUUGGUCCCCGGAGCCUAUUUAGAAUAUAAAGCUGCUUUAGUGAAUGAGUGUAACAAGCAAGGAGGCUUGAGACUGGCACAGGCAAGAGCGCUCAUCAAAAUCGAUGUGAACAAAACCAGGAAAAUCUAUGACUUCCUGAUCAGAGAAGGGUACAUCACAAAAGCCUAGAGACAAACCGGGGGGGCUUUGAUGCAUGUCAGCAUAAGGAAAGUUUGCAGUAGCUUUGGCAGCGUGGAAAGAUCUUAACAUUGUUGAACCAAGGACACUUUAGUGGAAAAUCUUUUAGGGCUCUCUUGGGUUAAAAAAACCAAACAAACUGCAGAGGGAGCUUUGUUAAAGUUGUAUGAACACUGGUGUUUCUCUGUCUAGUCCUCUUGAUUGUCGUCAAAUGUUCUUGUCAGUAUUAAGCUGCUGUGUACUUCUGCAAAGCGCUGUGCGCUAUAUAAGCUAGCAUUAAAUAGGUCUGGGCAUUCUUUCCUAGCACUUUUUGGAGCUCAAGAGAGACAGCAAUGGAGGGUGAGGCUGCAAAGCAGCUCACAUGCAUACUUUGUGUGCAGGGUGAGACUUAGAAGCUCAUCCCCUUGCACUCCUUCGUAGAACAGCAUUGCCUAUCUAAGGAGACAAUACACACUGGAGGGGAGGAAAGCAGCAUCCACCGUGCUCUUGUUUUUAAAAUGUAAUGCCAUACGGUGAGGGAGAAAAGUCGCUGCGGGAAGUACUGUCAUCUGAACACUACCUUUAUGUGAGCUUAGUGCAUAUCACUGCAAGAGAACCUCCAGGUUCAUCGAAACGUUGGUCAGACUUGCACACGGCUCCUGUUUUCGUUGCUCCGACUCAAAUGGGAAGAGCUGAUGCUGCCGCCAGAAGCAGGUCUCAGAACAUACAUAAACCAUUUGCUGCACUCGAUCAAUGCCAAGACUCACCGAGGCCUCCAAUUAGGACGAGCUACAUGCCACUAUGGUAACGGCUGCUCUGACCUGCUGAACUUAGGGCCAGGCUCCCUUGUAUUACUGCAUUUAGUAGGAAUGUAGUCAGUUAGCCAACAGAAAAUGUAACAGGCUAUUGCAAAAAAAAAAAAAGAGAGAGAGAUCCAUUAUUAGACUUCAGUCUAGAGUGCUGUGUUAAGUAGUACAAGAAAACCGGCGGGGAAAAGAUGGUUCCUUUGUGGCCAUGCAGAAUGUGGUUUACUAGACAGUAAGUUAGGAUUGCUAUCAAUCUUCGGAUAGGUUCUGUCUGUUAGUGCGAUGAUUGUGUCUGGUUGGAUCAUGAUUGCGUGGAUUACCUAACAGCUAGAGCAACUGGAAUAUCAUUUGUAGUCUCAAAAUUGGGGUUUUCAACAACAACAAAAAGAAGAGAGAGAGAGAUCCCAAAUAAGCUAUCAGUCUACUGAAAGGGUUUUUUCUCUUUACGAGUAAUUACUCCAUGCAUAUGAAAUACCAUUGAAUUUGAGAUAUUUUGAUAUGUAAUAAAAUUGAUUUGAAUCACCA